AUGCUUGCAAGUCUCUGGAACCCGAUUCGCUCCUCGACCUUCGCGGAAACUCGAGCUACAAACAUACGUCUGUUUUCUAGUGGACGCAUAGAUCAUAACCGGACUCUCGUGAAAUACCAUACGGAUCCGGAGUUUCGCAGACGGUACUUAGACCAUAACGCUGAAUACCGCAAAGAGCGUCGACUUAGAGAUCCGGAGUACCAUAAGAAGGCGAAUGCUCAAUCAAAGAAGUGUGUGUCACAAAACAGGAACAACGAAGACUUUCGCAGACGUGAAACACUGUUGGAUUGGAUCAAGAGAUCAAAGUCGGCUCAGACAGAUUUACCAUGGAAAUCUUACCGCCCAGAACUAUAUCCUGAGCGUAUCACACAUCUAUGCACAGGUUGCAAUGUGCGAGAUUAUCGGGCUAGGUUGUGGUGGUGUAGCACGUCUGAUUCGGCAAAGUAUCUUUGCUCGCGAUGCUGGGCGAAAUUGAAUUGGAAUGAAGCGUGCCCUGAGCAUUUUGAGGAUGCCAAAAGCUGGAAAGAAUUUACAGCUCUUGCGAAAGAGUUAGGCACAGCCAAACCAUAG